AAAUAACUACAAGGAACUGGGUCAGAUUAGAAAUUGCCCAUUUAAAAAAAAUUCAAAAAAAUUAAAAUUGCCCUUAACUCUAAGAGUUAGAAAGGGGUUUCUCGUUUAAUCCAUUACUUAACAGAUUGCAAUUCCUAGUGGCUGCCAUGUCUUUUUUUUUAAAACAUCAGAAUCAUGUGACGGAUUCGGGAGCUCUCCACUGCCACAACUGAACUCGAUCUGCUUUCUCUUCCUGAGUACAGCAUUUUCGCGGUCAGCGGCUCGGCAGCAACGCUGGCAUUUAACCGGUCUCUCACUCAUUCGGAAUCAGCCUGACAGCUGCCAGUUUCAGAAUGGAGGUGGACCUCAGUGGUAUUUCCAGGACAACCAUGCCUGUUCUCUCUGCACCUGCUGUAGAAGUAAACUGUCUGAGUAAAACAGAGCCUGAGAAGCCUCGCAGUUCCAGCACCCCAUGCUCUCCUGUAAAGCAGACUGUGCCUAGCUAUCAGAUUCUUCACAUGGACACCAAUUACUUGGUUGGCUUUGCUACUGGUGGGGAACUUUUAAAAUUGGCUCAAAGAUGGUCAGGUAAUGAGCCAGAUGCAGCAGAAACUUUGGCCAGUCAACAUACUAAGCAACAUGAUGUAGGAUUGUCAAGAAGUUCUCGCAUCUAUAAAACGAAGAAUCGAUAUUAUCAACCAUAUGAGAUCCCAGCUGCAAAUGGUAGAAGACGGCGGCGAAUGCCUAGUUCAGGGGAACAAACCAUCAAGCCACUAUCUUUUGAAUCCAGCAAAUGUCUACAUGGACCUUUGCCAAUUUGCCUCAUCAAAGGAAAGAGGGCCCAGUCAAAAUCCUUGGAUUACCUAAAUCUGGAUAAAAUGAAUAUUAAGGAAUCAGCAGACACAGAGGUGCUGCAAUACCAGCUACAACAUCUCACACUUAGAGGGGAGCGUGUGUUCAGCAGAAAUAAAACUUGAAAAUAAAACUAAUUGCUUUAUUCAAAAUGCACAAGGAACAGCACUGGGCUUAUGGAAGUCAGUGUGAUACUUGCCCGAAUAUCAUUGUGACUGAGGGGAGUGGAUGAACUGGACAACUUGAUAGGUGAUAUUUAACUUGCUUGAUGGAAUAUUGAUUCUAUACAAACUGUACCGGGCUAUGAAAUAAGUUCUCCUUCUCAUAGGAUUAUUGUGGGUUUAGAUAGUGUCUGUGGAAUAUGUUCCAUCCCAGAAUAUGUUCCAUCCCAAUUCUGGUAAAUGGUUAAAAUUGUCACCUUUUUUGUUAUGACAGGAGUAAUAUGAAAUAGCUGAAGAAUUGCUAAUUAUUAUUUUGUAGCAAUAAUAAUCUAUCAUCAAAAGUCAUCUUCAGUUUAACUUUUCUAAAUUUUAUUACUUAGAUUUUAAGUAAUAACUGCAUAAGCAUCUAUUAUUGGAAAGCAGUUGAAAUUCAAUCUGAGUAGAUAAACAGCUAUUUAGGUCCUAUCUAAUAAUAAAGGUUAAUUUGAAAUAGCUAUAUUUUGCAGUUAUAUGAAGGUAUAAUUUAUUCUUGUCUGCAGUUUAAACUGGUAAAUAUUUGAUCUGUAUCAGGAGGCAACUACGUGCAGAGUCGUAGUUCUUGCUGUCCAUUUGCACUGGAACAGUUGUAACAAGGACUGGAGUUUUGAGGAAGGGUCACUGGACCUGAAACGUUGACUCUGAUUUCUGUCCACGGGUGCUGCCAGACCUGCUGAGGUUUUCCAGCAAUUUCUGUUUUUGGAACUGUUUUUUGACUGGGAAUGUUUUUCAGAACGAAAGUAAUGAACUUCUAACAGUGAUAAAUGAGAAACUCCAUUGUAGCCAGUUUUUUAACCCACCCCUAUAUUAUUCUAGAUGCUUUGUGAGCUUGUGUUACUUUUCCAUAAUAAAAGGCGGCAAACUGCAUACAUUGGUUUGGAAGCGGGGAGCCCUCUCAGUUCUUUCUCAACAAUUAAAGUCAUGAAAUGCACUUAAA